AUUUUGAAUUUCGGAACGCUAGGGCGAGUUUUAACGGAUAAACUGUGGCAUAUAAAUAAAUAUAAACAUUAUUUUACAUUAUUCGUAUUUCGCAGUAGUGUAACGUGUUAUAAUUUAUUAUUUUCAUUACAAAUAAAAACUUUGAGACUUGGUGUUUAUCUACCAAUGUCCUAUGUAAGAAUACUAUUUACACCAAACUAGAAAUAAUAUGGAAGUCGAUUUGAAAGAAGUGGCCGAGCUAGAGCGUAAAAUUAUCAAUCAUGAAGCUUACGCUAAACCCUACAAAUGGUCCCCUAGAGACUUCGAGCUCGGAUCAGGCCUGGGACGUGGAAAAUUUGGACACGUUCACGUUGCACGUGAGAAAAAGACUGGGUAUUUAGUGGCAAUUAAAGCACUAUUUAAAUCACAAAUAUUAAAGUCCAAUUGUGAGAGGCAAGUCAUGAGGGAAAUUGAAAUACAAUCGCAUUUAAAGCAUCCAAAUGUACUACGUCUGUUAACAUGGUUUCAUGAUGAGAAACGGAUAUAUCUUGUAGUGGAGUUUGCUGCAGGCGGAGAACUUUACAAACACUUGACUAGCUCCCCCAUGGGACGGUUUCCAGAAAACAGGGCUGCCAGAUACAUUUAUCAGGUUGCAGAUGCAGUAGAGUACUGUCAUCAACGCCAUGUGAUACACAGAGACAUAAAGCCGGAGAAUAUCUUAGUAGCACUGAAUGGUGACCUCAAACUUGCAGACUUUGGGUGGUCAGUGCAUGCCCCAUCGGAAAGGCGCAAGACUAUGUGUGGUACAUUAGACUAUCUACCCCCAGAGAUGAUUAAAAGAGAGGUGUACAAUGUCUCCGUAGACCAUUGGUGUAUUGGCGUCCUGUUGUACGAGUUCCUAGUGGGAAAACCACCUUUCGAGAGUGAGGGCCAGGACAAAACUUACGCAAGAAUCCUAGCUGUAGAUUUGACAUACCCUAGUUAUAUACCUAGUGGCGCCAAAGAUCUUAUCUCUAAGCUCCUGAGGGCCUCAAGUAAAGAUCGCUUGUCACUAGAUGGUGUGAAAAGGCAUUAUUGGGUGCAACAAUUUCAGAAUGUAUAAAAUAAUGUGUUUUUGCUUGAUCUUGAUGUUUUCACAAAUAAGAAUGUCUUAAGUACUUUGCAACAAAUCGUAGCUGAUUAUAAAUAAAGUUUCUUGUAUGAGAACCCACAAAACUCCGCCGAAUUUACGCUAAGUAACUUAACAUGUUCAUUGUUCACCGAAUGCAUUUGGCGAAUGGGUACUAUCUCUUUAGAAUCAAAGAUUCAGAAUUUAGUUACAGACUAUUACAUUCUUAUUUAAAUUGAUGUUAAGAGAAUGAGUACAUCCAAUUUAACACCAUUAUGCUAAUUUGGUUGAACUAAAUAAUUGAGGGGGUCUAAAACAAAUGCUACCCUUUUGUCAUACUACCUGUCAAUAUAGUUUGGAGACUACAACCGAAUUAGUACUAGGUAUUAUUUGACUAGUACCUACUAAUUCAGUACUUUUGUUUUUGUGUAUUAAGGUUUAUAAAAAUAAAACAAAACAUGAAAAAGUAUAAUUUAUUCAUUUAUCUUAUGCAUAAUAUUCACAUUAUUCCUACCCUAUUAUAUAUGAUGGUUAUUAGCACCAAAACUUGUAAAAUUGUGGCCGAUUCUGUUGUACACAAUUUCUUAACUAAAAUGGCAGCAAACUAUCCCUUUCAUAAUGCUUCCUGCAGCAAAGGAUAGCAAUAGAUUUAGGCCUUCCAAUUUAUUUUAGAGACUGUACAUGACAGAAUUAGCCACAUUGGUACUGAUUCUGUCGGCAACUAAAUUUUAGAGUAUUCGCAUCCUCUUCUUACUAAUGUAAAUUGAAAAGGACAGACACAUCUUGACAGUUCUAAAUUUAAUUUAAA